GGAAAUUUAGGGAGUUAGCAGUCUAGUGUAAUAUUUAGAUAGAAGCCUGUGUAUUUAUAUAGGUGUUUGUGGACUGUGGUGUCUGUGGUUUCCACAGUAGUUAGUAUUAGUAUCAAACUAGUAGUCGAUUUGAGAAAAGACAAUCUACGUAAUAAUUUGUUGCAAUUGAAAGAACACGAAAAAUGGCGGAACAGAGUGAUAGGAGUCAAUUACCUCCCGGCUGGGAAUGCAGAUAUGAUAUUCGCAGUGGUCGCCCAUAUUUCAUAAAUCAUUUCAAUCGAACUACAACAUGGGAAGAUCCAAGAGUGAGAUAUUGGCAGUAUUCUCAGUAUAUACAGUCUCAGAAUUCAGUGGCACUGAGUUCGGCUACUACUACUACUUCUCAAGACAUUCCAAUGCAGACUGGAGGAAGCGGAAGUGGUGGGCACUUAAAUUAUACAGGUGCUCACAGAGUUCCACAAAUUUAUCCAACACCGUCCCCUUAUCAUAAUCCACAACUAGCAUUCUUACCUCCCAGUGCACAGGAGCUGAAAACGCCAAUGUCGUUGAAAUCCACCAGUAUGAUGACAACUCGAUUAGGUGACUUGACUUUAGGAUCUCCGACUCCAGUGAGAAAUACCGAGACAAGUUUUACUCAAAAUUCCGACUCUGAGUCACAAGUGGCGAAGAUCAACGCUGUAUUUCCGACAGUUUCGGAUACACAUAUUCGUCUUUUGUUAAAAAAAUACCAUAACAGGGCAGCUUUGGUCAUGAGCGCUCUCCAAGUGGAAAAGAAUCCUCUUUGUGCCCCAGGACCCUGUACACCUGUGGGAGUACAUUCAAAUUAUGCAAUUCCAAGAUGGCGUCUACCGGCUCAUUCUAUACAUGCAGCAUUAACAUUGAGUCCGCCUCGCGGAGUUCGACCAGCCCCUAACUCCCCAAAAAUGAAACUUAGGUACCUGAAAAAUGUAUUUCCAAAAGUGGACGAAACAAUAUUAUUGGAUGUGCUGGAACAGAGUGAUAAUAAUGUACAGAAGGCAUCUGAAAAAUUAAUUGAAUUAGGAUAUGAAAAACGGAAUCCUACCCUUCCUGCCAGAGCUUUAAAAAAGAGAGAAGAGGAAGAGGUGCAUGACGAGCAAACUGCACCUACUCCUCCUCCACGCAUAAAAAGUUUGGAAGAAAAGAAUAAGUUGAAAACACGUUUAAUGCAAAAAUAUAAGAAUUUACCAGAUCGAAUUGUGAUGCUUGCUAUGGAUAGUGUAGAUUAUGACGAAGAAAGAGCAAUACAUAUAUUAGAUAUAGUAAUGGCAGAAGAAGCUACUCGACCAUUAUGUACUUCCAGCAGCCAAAGUAGUAGAAGUGACGAACGGAAAGAUAGUCCACCAGUGACAGAAGCUAUAAAAUUAACUGCUUCUCCGAUUAAAAAGAUGAGUACAGAUGUGGAAACUGAGAAGUUGAAACGAUCCAAAAAUAAGACUGAAAUACCGAAAGUUUCACGUGGAACCAGUACUACAGAAGAUAAAGAAUAUAAAUCUCCAUAUUUAACAAAACCAGUAGGAUCAAACUCGGAUUUAGCAAAAGGAGCAAAUAACGAUCUACUAUUACCGGAUUAUGCGCCUUGGUCAGGACCGGACCCAAAUUUGCUGACUAAGCAAUCAUUUUCAAGAUCACUCGCAAUAGGCCAUGAUGCAAGUUUGGUCUCUACUAAUCAUUGUCUUGCUAAAGGUUCUCAAUCCGAAUUACGAAAAGGACCGUUAAGGGGAUUGGCCCAAGGCUCCAUUUAUUCGCAAAGAAAUGUAGCCAAUAUAGAGAGUCGUGGUAAAUGAAAUAUGUGCAAUUGUUUUUUUCUUGAUAUUUUUGCAUUUAUUAAAUAAUUAGAUAUUAACUUAUAAUUUUUA